AUGUCCAAUUAUAAUAGCAAGAAGGAUGCACUUUUCAAUGGGGAACUUGAGAAACUGAGGAACGCAACAUCUUCCUUGAACGACCUUGCUAGUAAGAAUCUUCCAGCUGCCAUUGAAGACACUGGCGGUAAUGCUGUGCCUGACUCCAUUAAAGAGAAGAGUCAAGGGAUUCGUGAACAAGGAGGGAUACAAUCACUUGAGGAUAAACUUUAUUCACUACCUGAACUGCUAACAAGGAACAGAGAGAUACUUGAUGAGACUCAGAGGAUGCUUGACGAAGAAGAGAGAGAUGAUACAGCACUGAAGGAGAGAUUUGGCUCAAAAUGGAAGAGAACUACAUCAAAUGAACUGACACAGAGCAUUCGUGGUGAAGUGGCAAAAUUUCAAGGAAUUGCUGAAUCAGCAACUAAAGCUGAUUCAACCGUUAGAGAGAAAUUUGAGACACAUCGUCCGGCUAUUGUGACACUCACAAAGAGCGAGACUGACCCUGCCUAAAGCUGGUGCAAUGGCACUUAUGGCAGCCAUCAAAGCUGGAAGCCCAUCUGUCCAAGAGCUUCGUUCAUUGAUGGAGGAUGUGAAAACGAUAAAAGCUGAGAGAGAAGUGUUGGAGCAACAGCUAAAAGGGCCAAUUGCUGA